AUGCAGUCGUCUGCACAAUCCAAGGCAGCUGCCCGCCGUCAGGCUUUCGAACGUCUACGAGCCAUCCGCAGAUGCGGUCGUCGAUCAGAAGCCGGUGGUUUCCAACUUAAGCUAGAGAAUCCUAUAUAUGAUACGAUUCCUGAGGAUGAAUAUUAUGAUCUCGUUGCAAAACGUCGCGAGGAAGCCCGAGGGUUUAUUGUUGACGACGGCGACGGUCUUGGGUAUGGAGACGAAGGCGAGGAAGAGGAAUGGUCCGAACUUUUGGUCCAUUCCUCCGACAGUGAACUUGAGAAACCUAAAAAGAGGAAAGUAGAGAAGAAGGAAGCGCAAUCGAAGAAGCCCUCCUCUGGGAAUCAAAAGCUUUCUUCGAUGUUCUCCAGGAAAACGAGUGGAGACGUUAAGCCCAAAGGGUCGGCUUGUGACAGCAUCGUAGAUGAUAUAAUUGCCGAAUUUGCGCCAGUUGAGACUGACAGAGAGAGGCGUAGAAAGGGGCGAAUCGGAGCUAUGCCGAUUUCGAGGACUUCUGUGCCUAUUCCUGCUGGGAAGUGUGAGGGAUUAACUGCCCCGAGUCUUAAUACUGAGAAUGGGAACUUUGGAAUGACCAGGGUUAUUACAGAUAGUGAUGUUGGGCCCGUGCGAGCUGGUAUAGAGGACCAGGGGAAUGGUGGAAGUAUGGAAAUUGGGGAAAAGGAGGAUUUAAAUUUUCAGACCAGUUUGGAUCCGAUUGUGCAAUCACAUAGUUCUUGGAUCAAGGAAGAUGUAGUUGAAGAUAAUAUGCCUAUUAUGGUUGAAACAAAGAUGGAACCAUUAUUGAAGAAUGAGCCGGUGUGUACUCUGAAUGCUAGGAUUAAUGAAGAAAAAUAUCCAGCUUUGAGUGCUACUGCUGAGUGGGAAGCAGUGAGGAGCGGAGGGAGCAGAAACGUUGAUUCUGCUGCAGCAAUUUCUGAAGAGAAAUUUGAUUUUGAUACUGACGCGGACGGCUCUCUGCAUUUCUAUGUAAUUGAUGCGCACGAGGAGCUCUUCGGUGCAAAUAUGGGCACUGUAUAUCUAUUUGGCAAGGUAAAAGCUGGAGAUCCGUACCAUAGUUGUUGUGUGGUGGUAAAGAACAUGCAAAGAUGCAUAUAUGCUAUUCCAAGUGCCUCCUUUCUUCAUUCGGAUGAGAUGUUGAAGCUUCAGAGUGACGCGGAGCAAUCUCAGCUUUCUCCCGCAGAUAUCCGUACAAAGUUGCAUGAAGUGACUGCAGGACUAAAAAACGAAAUAGCCAAGCGGUUACUAGAUCUCAAUGUUUCAACAUUUAGCAUGACUCCGGUUAAGAAGAAAUAUGCAUCUGAGCGUCAUGACAUACCUGCGGGGGAAAAUUACGUGAUUAAGAUCAAUUACCCAUUCAAGCACCCCCCACUACCUGGUGAUCUAAAAGGAGAAUCAAUCUGUGCCCUCUUAGGAAUGCAUCGCAGUGCCUUAGAGCUUUUCCUCAUUAAAAGGAAAAUAAUGGGCCCCUCCUGGCUAUCAAUUUCAGAAUUUUCUUCAUGUCCUGGUUCUCGACAAGUGAGCUGGUGCAAGUUUGAGGUGACAGUUGACUGUCCAAAAGAUGUUCAUGUUUCAACUACGUCAAAAACAACUUUGGAAAUUCCUCCUGUGAUUGUCAGUGCAAUAAAUGUAAAGACCAUCAUUAAUGAAAAGUUGAAUGUGAAUGAAAUUGUGUCUGCAUCUGUUAUAUGUUGUCAAAGAGCAAAGAUACCUUACAGUUUCCCCCUCAAUGGCAAGCAACGGCCUCCUACGUUUUGGAACCCUAUUCUGGAAAGAAUGAGGAAAAUGCUUAGUUCUUGGGAGAACUCCCCUUUUUCUAAGGGUGGUAGGCUCACUCUCAUACAUGCCACCUUAUUCAACCUCUCUAUUUAUUAUCUAUCACUUUUUUCCAUCCCAUCUAAAGUGGCAAACGAGGUUAAUUUGCUAAAAAAUCUAGUUCAGAGGAGAAGAAUGGUAAAGAAAUCAAUGAAAAAUGCAUCUGGUAUCAAGCUCCAGCAACUUGAAAUUCAGCAGCAGGCACUAAAGCUCACUGCAAACAGCAUGUAUGGAUGUCUAGGGUUUUCUAAAUCAAGGUUUUACGCAAAACCACUAGCAGAGCUGAUUACUUUUCAAGGAAGAGAAGUACUGCAGAGCACUGUUGAUUUUGUCCGCAAUAAUUUAAACCUAGAGGUAAUUUAUGGCGAUACUGAUUCAAUAAUGAUUCAUAGUGGACUUGAUGAUAUUGGCAAAGCGAAAGCAAUUGCAGGGAAAGUGAUACAGGAGGUCAAUAGAAAAUACAAGUGUUUAGAAAUUGAUCUCGAUGGUUUGUACAAGAGAAUGCUGCUUCUGAAGAAAAAGAAAUAUGCAGCUGUAAAGUUGCAGUGCAAGGAAGGAAUGCCGUAUGAGGUUAUUGAGCGCAAGGGUCUUGAUAUGGUUCGCCGUGACUGGUGUUUAUUAUCAAAGGAAUUAGGAGAUUUCUGCUUGGGUCAAAUAUUGUCUGGAGGGUCAUGUGAUGAUGUCAUUGAGUCAAUACAUGACUCUCUUAGGAAGAUACAAGAUGAUAUUAGGAGAGGGCAAGUAGCACUUGAGAAAUAUAUCAUCAGGAAGACAUUGACUAAGCCACCUGAAGCCUAUCCUGAUGCCAGAAACCAACCACAUGUUCAAGUUGCGCAAAGGUUAAAACAAAUAGGUUAUCUUACGGGCUGUUAUGUUGGUGAUACGAUCCCGUAUAUAAUUUGCUGUGAGCAGGGAUCUACUUCUGGUGGUUCUACAGGCAUUGCUCAGCGGGCUAGACAUCCUGAAGAACUUAAAAGAGAAGGUGGAAAGUGGAUGAUUGAUACUGAUUACUACUUGUCACAGCAGAUACACCCUGUGGUCUCUCGUCUAUGUGCCUCAAUUCAGGGCACAAGCCCAGAAUGCUUGGCUCACUGUCUGGGGCUUGAUCCAUCGAAGUUCAAGAUCAAAUCAUGUGAAGUUUUCAGCAGCGAUGUCUCCUCUUCCCUCGUGUCCUGCGUAACUGAUGAGCAAAGGUACCUGGACUGUAAACCACUGGUAUUGACUUGCCCUAGGUGUUAUGGUACUUUCGAAGUUCCUACUAUCUUCAGUUCUAUAUACAAAUCAACAUAUGGAAAGCAAGAAAGACCAGUGGUUGAUGAACCUACAAAAAAGUUUUGGAGUAAUUUCAAAUGUCCAAACUGCAAGGAUUUGUUAUGGGUCCCUGACGAAGCUAAUGCUACGGGUAGGGGUAGAAUGACGUGUGGAAUGAUUUCCAACCAGGUAAAAAUGCAAACAGACAGGUUCAUUGCAAAGUAUUAUCAUGGCUUAAUGAUGUGCGACGAGGAAACAUGCAAAUACACCACAUGUAUUGUCAACCUUCAACGUGCGGGUGACUCCAAAAAAGAGAUUCUCUGCCCAAAAUAUCCUCAGUGUGAUGGGCGUCUCGUAAGAACGUAUACUAAGGCGGACUUGUGGAAGCAGAUUUGUUAUUUUUGUCACGUGUUGGAUACUGAACGCUGUAUGGAAAAGCUGGAGGUUCAUAGAAGGGUAGCUUUAGAAAAAGAAAUGGCAAAGAUUCGAGCAUUGGUAAAGUUGGCUGCAUCGACGGUUAAUAAGGUUCGAUAUCGCAGCGCAUAUGGUUCCAUUAAGUUGAAGGAUAUUGCAGUGAGUUUGCAUAUGGCACCAUGUUAGGCAGGCUAGAUAUCGAACUCAUAACUUCUUGGUUGGAGAUAUAUGUCAAUUAACGUUAAGCUAUACAUACUUUGACAGGUUAGAUAUCUAUUUAUAAUUACCAUUCGUUGCAUCGUAUAUGUUUGUCACGUGGAUGAAUACUGAAAUAGGACAUUGGGUGGAAUUUUUAUUCUUGCCUUCGUCUAUUGUGAGUUGUUACAUUAUAUGUAACUUUUGUUAUUAAUACAAGUAUUUAAUUUAC